UUUUAAAAAGAAAUAUUGAUAUCUAUCUAUAUUAAUUAUCUAAAUGACAAAAUAAUUACAAUGCUCCAGCAAUCUUAUCGGCGACAUCUUAUAUCACGUUUACGAUACAAUAAUUCAUAAUAAAUAAUUAAAGUGCAAAAAUUAAUAUAAAUUCGCGGUUAUAUUAUAAUUAUAAUGCAAAAAAUUUCCAUAUUACAAAUUUAAAAAGGAGUAAUAAAAAGAAUUCGAGCACAGCACGUAUCGAUGCUUCGUUUGAAAUUGUAAGGAAGGUAAACGUCUCAGCUGUUAAAACAAUCUUAUCUCUCGAUCCGCUCGCGCGAUUCUUCAACGAGGGCGCGAUGCAUCUGGCGGACUCAUCGCUCGGUCGUUCAAGUUCCCAAGUGCCGUGGCUCCGAGACUUCCAAGUAAUCCAAGUAUCGAAUGGUCAUUCAAGUUCCAAGCGUCGAAUGGCGUCAUCUGACAGUCCCUCGUAGUACUACCUCGCGUUUAAAGGGCAGCGAUGGCAAGCGGGGUAAAGGCGGAGCACGCAGGUGCUCCGAUGUCUCUCAUAUGGCGGACGCCCGCAGGUACGACGCCGGUGUCAGUGCGGAGGCAUCAUGACUUCCCCACGGGACGAUCGACAGCUCAAUCCUCGGAUUUGUUAAUUCGAUUAGGCAGACGCGGGAUCUGCGUCGCGUCGAUGCGUCAACUGUUGGCUCGCCACGAGGUUGCUGCCUCUGCAACAUUCAGCGCGAUGAAUUUCGCUAACCGCAGCAACUACGUGCUCGAAGCGCUCGCGCGUCGUGAGGCGACGAUGAGUUCCGUCGGGCGGUUGGUCUAAAAGAGUUCAGCUAUGGCUGAAGGUGGAACCGAGCCAAAGUCUAUUGACGGUCAGAUCUCGCGGGGUCAAUUGGAGAUAAGCGAAUGCCUCGGUAACUGGUUGACGUACUUACAGACACUUAAUGGCCUAUGUACAGCUGGUACUAAACUGGCCCAGUCCCUGCAGGCGCUCCUCUCGGUGCACGACACGGUGGCGCAGUGCCGUCUGACGGGCCAGUGUCUGGCCGGGUGGGAGGAAUUGGCGAGAGCUACGCACGUAGCCAGCAGUACUGUGAAAAAUCAUGUGAUCACCGCUCUGAGGGAUCAUGAGUUGCGCGACAAUGACGGGGACAAGCAUGAUAUUCUCAGAGAAAAUCUCUUGACAUUCAUAAAUUUGCAGUAUCAGUUCUGCGUUGCUUGUUGCGAGUGCUUAGGUGGCAUGGCGGAAUGCUCUUGCUCUCAGAGCGGUAGCGGCGACUGCGACAUCGCCGCGCUUCAGCAGUGCUUCGAGCGUCUUUAUAGCUCGCCGAUACCGCCGAUCUCCUCUUCGUCCACCCAGCAAUCCACGCAGAACUGUCGGAGGUCCCCCCUGCCGUAUUCGUUGUUUCCUCUGCAGGUUCAGAGGAGAUGGUCGGAAACAGCGGCGGCGGAAAUGUCGGGCGAGUCCGCCGAGAGCACGAUGAGGCGCUGGUCGAUGCCCUGGGACUGCAAGCACGUUAUCGAGUGGCCGCGCCAGGAUGCGAGGUCGCGAUUAAGGGUGCCCCAGCAGGAUCACAGUAGAUCGACCACGCCCGACUCGGUGUGGAAGACGUCGACAACUAGUCAGGACGGUCUCCAGGAAGCCAUUCAGCUGUUGUCUUGCAAGCCAGGAAUCCGGCCGUCCAAUCAACUCUCGGCUUACACUAGUCAGCAUAUCCCGGGCGUCACUUUGACGACCUGCAAUUUCGACUCGAAUUACGACUCCGCUAUUUGGUCGGGGUCGCGUAGGGUAGGUUCACCUAGAUGCUGGCCGCAGGACUCCAGCGAUCAUUCCGAUCAGUCCGGGCAUCGUGAUAGCGAUCACAGCGUUCACAGCGAGCACAGGGACUCGGGUAAGAACAGAGCGGUGCCAGUGGCAGUCAUGGCGAUAGCAAGGACAGCAUUCACUCUCAUUGCGAUCAUAGAGAAACCGAAGCCGGUACAGCGGACACACUGCCGUCUCGCAAGAGCAGCUCGUCGACCGACUCCUGCGUCUCGGCGCACAGCCGAUCGGGUUCGGAAAGCGCGGGUGGCGGGGAGUGCACGAGGUCGCAAUUGUACUCGAUGUGGAGCGGCGGCGAUCUGUCCUUCAUCAAGUUGCCGGAGAGCAACGAGAUACAGGAUGAACAUCCACCCACUUAGAUAUCUGGCACUGUUACUUCAUAUCCAAAAUGUAUCCGGAAAAAACUUCAACCUUUGGAUUACUGGAACCAUGAAACGACUCUCUUCUGAGUAAUAUCUUUGAAGAAAUUCAACAAACUCAUACGAUCUUCCUCUCUCGAAGCUAUUUUUGAAAAACAAAGUCUUGUACAAAAGUGACCUUUUAUUCUACGUUUUAUUCUUUUCACGAGGAAUCGCCUUCGUUUUGAUUAUAUUCGGAGAAAUUUUCCGUAUUUCGCAUGCAAUUGAUUGAAAUGGUCCAGUGAUCCAAAAAAAUAAAAAAAUAAAUCGUCGCCACAAUAAGACUUGUUGAUCCGUGAAUUCACUUAGAUCAAUUUUAUUUGUGAUGUAUACAUGUUUGAUAUUUGUGACGGCGUGAGUUAGUACGUGCAUAUUGAGUAUGUGCAACUAACGAUAGAAAAAUAUAUAAGAACGUUAUACAGGCUGCUCACUUCGUAAUGUUUACGGUUACGAUAUACAAAUCACACAUGGCGAUGCAGUUCAAAGAGGAGCAUUUAACACCAGAGCUACCGACAAUUAUAAUUUCUACCACUAUUUAUAAAUAUAUAUCUUUCUGGGAAAAAAGAUAUAUAGAGAAAUGAAUAAAUUGUGAUCAAUUUAGUCACACUGAAGUAAAAGUCCGGAAAAAUAUCAGGCAACGCACCAUUCGAAAUUUGAGUCAUAUUGUUUUUUAAAUUGCAAAUUGUCAUUCUUAAAAAAUUAUAAAAACUAUAAACAGUCACUUUGACUGCUUUGGUAAUUCUAGUGUUAAAUCGUAUUCAAAGAGUCUUAUUAUCCAACAAGUGUUACGAAGUGUAGCUUCGUCUGCGUUAAAAAAAAUGGACGUUCUGUAUUGUUGUUAAAACUCGUAUAUACAGAUGUACGCAUGAUCCAA